CCCUUUCGCCGAUGUUCCGUGCCUCGGCGGCGGCGGCUCCGGAAGCUGGCACGACAUGAGGAUGGCUACGGGAGAGGCGGUCCUGCGCGGCGCGGCGGGCGCCCGUGUGGCGGCAGACCGCCUCGUGUCUCGGCUCAGCCGCGAGCUGGCCGAGGCAAAGCAGCGGUGCGCGGCCCUGGAAGCGGAGCUGGCGGCGCGUGCGGGCUCCGGAUCCACGGUGGCCGCCGAGGUGGAGCGCCGUGAGGCGAUUGCUCGACCGGCGUUGGUCGCACGACUUCAGGGCUGCAGCGUACCCCAUGGAGCUCGCCUACGCAGGAACGUGGCGCUACAUUCGCUGGAGUGCCCGCCCGCCUCGGCGCCGCUGGCGAGCUGGCGGCGGGCGCAGCGCGGGCAGCGGCUCGGCUCGACGGAC